AAGACUUACAGACAAGUGAUAGUGAAGUCUCCAAAAGCGUCAUCUUUGGCGCCUAUUAUAAUAUUUUUUUAAGACUUCAGGUUCUUUUUAAAGAGUCAGCAAUGAGCAUCCAACCAACACUAUCAUCCAAACAAUUAAGAGGGAGUCUCUCUCUCCCAUAGCAAAGUAUUCUGGGUCCCCUGACUGUAUAUUGCUUAGGGCCCCUUUCCUAUAAAAAUUACAGUUUAGAAUUUGUUGUGGGCCCCUCCUGGACCUGUGGGCCCCUAGAAUCAUUACCACCUUUCACCCCACUAGCUUUGGCCCUGCGUGCAGUGUAUCCAUUAGGGUAGCCUAUAUGUAUGAUUCUGUAACAAGAACGCGCUAUGUGCGGUCAUAAUGUAGCUAUACAGCAUGUCGAUGUGCAUAACCAAUCUAUAUUAUUGAAUAACACUAUAACAUUUGUAUAGCUACCACUGUUCUAUAUAUGGAGUAGGCCUAGCUUACAUUUCAAAGCAUUUAUAGAGCAUAAUAGUUCUUUCAUGAAUCAUGAUCGGUUUGUAUAAUUUGGAAACAAGAACUCCAGUGCGGAAACCAUUUCUCUCUCACUCAUUCUGGCUUGGCGCAUAUCAUCCAUACUUUUUUAAACAUUGGUCUACCGGUCUUUACCCAAUGCACCAAAACACUGAUAUGAAAUAUAUAUAUAUAUAUAUAUAUAUUUAUAUUUUUUUUUUUUUUUUUUUUUUUUUUUUUUUACUUGAUUAAAAAACGUAAAACAAGUCAAUCAUAUUGCAAUUGUAUUGCAAGGGCGAACAUUUAACGCUCUUGUUUAUGAUUUUUAAAAUUUCGCAUCUUAAAAUCUGCGCUUUCGAAAAAUCUAAUGUAUUCAGAAUGCAGGCUGCGUUUCUGGCACUGCCUGAAUUUGUAUUUUGGUGAAGCACUGUGUCUUUAAAAGCGCAAGGAUGAGCGUUGUCUGUUACUCUCGAAUCAGGGUCAUGUGACUUGCUCUAAACUAAUCUAUUGGUCAGAGGCACGUGUCUAUGUUACUGGAGUGUAACGUCACUGGGGGCUCGUAUUAAAAAUAAGAACAAAAAUCCGGAGUGAAAGUAUUUCAGGAGCAGUUAGGAGCCCCACUUCUCUGUCCUCAGAGAAACUGAAGCCCGAUAGUUGCAUUGCGCAGGAAACGAAUAGUACCAAACGGGCAAGUUACUGAUCAUCCACCUUAAAUAGAGUGGAUACCGUUAUUGGAACCGCAAAGCGAAACUAUGUUUUUCCUUUGUGACCACGGUGCGCAAAGGCUGUUUAUUGUUCCCAAAACUCAUUGACAAAUUUUCUUAGUCAGUUUUACAUUUUUACUGAGGUGAACAAAGUGGACGGAGUCGCCCGUGGAGCGGGGUGCGACUGCCUGAGUGCGGGAGAGCGAUAAAGGGUUAAGGACGGAGAGUGGAAAGUGUUUCCCAGCAUGGAUGAGAAUGAGCAGAGCGCAAGAGACGCGGUACAGCGAGGAGCGGCGGACGAGUCCAACAGUGCUAUACGACCCCUUCUGCAAGCUCCGGGGAACCUGCAGCUCCCGCACCGAAUCACCAACUUUUUCAUCGACAACAUCCUGCGACCGGACUUUGGCCGUAAGAAAGACGCAAACAUCACGCGCGAUGAAAGCAAUCACAGCCCUACGGGUCCUAGCACGGGACAGGUGGGAAGUACAGUACCAGCAGAGGGAAGUUCCACAACGCAUACGAGCAGCGAAGGAAAGAAGCCAGAGAUAGUGAGCCAAGAGCCCUUGAAGCCUCGUGGGGAGAAUGUGGAUCAGUGCCUUGGUUCAGAAACGGAUAGUUCACAGGCCAAUUCAAACGGACAGUCUGCCCAGCCUAUGCUGUGGCCCGCUUGGGUUUACUGCACACGCUACUCGGACAGGCCAUCGUCAGGUCCCAGAUCUCGUAAACCAAAGAAGAAAAACGACAGUAAAGAGGACAAACGACCACGCACGGCCUUCACGGCGGAGCAGCUUCAGAGACUCAAGGCCGAGUUCCAAACCAACCGCUACCUGACCGAGCAGCGACGGCAGAGUCUGGCACAGGAACUCGGCCUCAACGAAUCUCAGAUCAAAAUCUGGUUCCAGAACAAGAGGGCCAAAAUCAAAAAAGCCAACGGCAACAAGAACUCUCUGGCAUUGCAUCUGAUGGCGCAGGGACUGUACAACCACAGCACGAAUUCAAAGGACGACAAAUCAGACAGUGACUGAGACAGAGAAAGCGGGGAGGGGUGAAAGGUGGUGGUGAUGGAGGGGUGGGGUUGGGAUGGGACAAGGUUAUAUUUACAAUGCAAUAAGACUAAGAUUAAAAGAAUAAAGGGCCAGUGAAUAAAUAUACCAGCAUUACUGAAGUUAAAUAUAGGCUAUAUUGAAUUAUGUCGAAAAUACAUUUAUUGAAUUCUCCUAUGAAAUAACGCUCAAAUUAUUUCAAACACAGGCUAUAUUGGUGCCGUUUCUUUGCACUGGGCAGAGUGUCUCUUUUGAGAAACAAGCGUUUCUGUUGCGCGUAUUUUUCAUGCCAUCACUAGAAGAACGAAGCGUUAACUGAGCGUUAGCGCAACUGACGUUUAGUCAACAUGCGAAAAAAAUGCGAAAAUCUUGCUCAAGUCCAAAGAGUCUUUCUGCUGCAUCAAGGCAACUGUGAAUAGUAUCAAUUGCAUAAGAGUCGUUUUAUUUCCACCAUUGUCGUUUUAUUUGAUUUGAUAUUAAUUUGAUACAAAAUGUAGCCAACGCAGCAGUCGUCGGAUCUCAGAAUAUAAUUUUUAUUGUAAAUAAGUUUAAAGUCUUUGCCUGCAUAAUUUCAAUUAGAGAGUUUGAAAAAAAAAAAAUCAUCGCGAUGGACUAUUCAGAUCGCAAGAACUUCUUUUACUGUGCAUUACAAAGUAGGUGUAAUAGCCAAUAACAUGCGUAAUAACAAUGGAUUAACCUUCAUUGCCUGGUCAAAGCAUUUCAACUAGGCGCGCUAAAUAAAUACAUGUACCGAAGCGUCUUAAAUCGCAUACAUAAUUUUUUAUAAAAGAGCAAUACAAUCAUCUUUUGUAGCAAAGUAUGUUUUAAUCAUUUCAAUGCUGCCUAUAAACGUGUAGCACACUGACAAUGAUUUACUCUUCUGCGAACUCUUGGCAAGAGUCAGGGUAAGCGCCACAACACAUCACACACAGAAAUAUAAAUAAAUAUAUAAAUAUACAGCUAUAUAUAAACACACACAACCAUCAAAUAAAAAAUGAAACCAGCUGUUUACUGUAUUACAGAUGUUAAAAUACUGUUUUAUUGUUGACUUCAUAUUUGUUAUGUAUUUAUAUAGAUUAUAUUAAGGAAAAACUUUAUCCAAUGACCGGUGUUGCUUUUUAUGUGAGAGUAGAUUUCUAAAGUGUUAAAUUUGCUUAUUUAUAUUGCAAUAAUUCUUUAUGUGAAUGAAGCAGUAUUGGGGCCUUUGCAUGAAAGCUGCAAAUAGUCAUAUUAGGGCAUAUUCACGCGUGUUAAGAAAAGUUAAAAAAAAAGUAUGAUCGAGAUUUAAAUUGCAGACUGUAUAUCCAUAUACCAAAUUGUGGAGUUUACUUUUUUUUUUAUUAUUAUUAUCUUAUUUGUUUUAUAUCUGAAAAGAGUGUGUGACAUAAAGCCACCAAACUUAACACACUUUGCCUUACAAGUUCAAGUGCGAACUUAAUAACAUAGAACUGUGCCGAAUCAGAUAACCAGUGUUAGUUCAAUUGCAUAUGAGCAUAUCUAUGAAAUAUGGCCUUCUAUCUGGUAUACGACUUAAUGAAUUUACUUAUCAGCGGAGAUCUAUCUAUAAAAGCUAUGUUGAAAGCUAAAAUGACAAAAGAUGUGUAAUACAAUGCUAUUUUUAUUUUGUGUUUACAAGUACUCUUUGUUACAUGUGUAAAUAAUUUGUAUCACGUACGUAUUAAUUGUGUAAUUAACUGCCUCCUGAAAUCUUGAUAAGAAUUAAAUAAACAAAAAGAAUAAC